GCUUUGGGCGGGUAGUCUGGUUCUUUUUUCUUUCUUUUUCUGAAACUCUCCCUCCGCACGAAAGCACUCGAUGCCCUGGAUAACUCGAUGGUGGCACUCAGUUCUUUUAAUUGUAUUUAUUUAAAAAAAUAAAGACCCGCAGAUGGAGAGCUUAGAAAAGGACCACUCAUACUCUGAACAUCCACAGCAUUCAGAGACCACAACGGAGGAGUUUGAAGUCCGAGAAGCAGUCGUUGUCACACGCCGUUUGAGAGACCGAGAGCUUCUUAGGAAAAGGAAAGCAGAAGCUGAGGAAAAAGACACCCGCCAGUGGGCUCUGGGGGACCAGAGCAAGAGCAAAAGGGCACGGAGGGGAAGGCGAACUGGGAGAGGCCGGGGCCAGCGCCAGGCUGCAGAACCAGAGAUGGAACCUCAGACAGAAGGAGUGGAGGAGAAGCACGAACUAUCAGUGGCCCCACAGGAGGAGAAAGCAGGAACUUCUCUGGAUCCCCAACUGGCAUCUUCUCUGGAUCCCCAAGCAGAGUUUUCUCUGGAUCCCCAAGCAGAAUCCUCUGCUCCCCUGGUGGAAACUGAAGAGCUGUACACUCCAAAGGAUGUAACAGAAGCAAUCCCAGCCGGACCUGCCAUUUGUUCUGCGGGACUAGAGCAGACACCCAGAUCAGAAGAAUCAGAAAUGCUGGCAUCUGUGGAAAAUGACCGUUUGGAACAAGAGUUCUAUCCCUCUCUUUAGUUUAAAAAUUGGCAUGCAGGCAAUAAUUGUUUCUGUCCAAUGUGAAACACUGUUAGAAUAUACAAUCCUUGUUAUUCUUAUGUGAGCAAUAAAAGCAGGACGAACUUUA